AUGGGACUUUUUGACACUGUUGGCAGCCUGGGAUUACCAGACUUUACCGGAGGUGUGGGCCUGGAAUGGCCAGCCUUUUAUGAUCAAAAUGUUUCCACUGCUGUCGAAAAUGUGUAUCAUGCUGUAUCACUCCAUGACAGGAUCUAUGCACUCCAACCUUGCCUUGUUAGUCGAAAUAAGGAGAUUCACGGUCAGGGCUGGGAAAAUCUUGGUGUUACAAAGCAGGAGUGGCUUCCAGGUAUGCACUAUGACCUUGGACGACAGAGGUUCAGAUUUCUACGAGAGUUUGGGGGCGGCAUGAUGGAGAGAGUCCUUGCAAGAUGGAAGUUCGCCAGUAAAAUCAUUGAGCCAAACCAUGUGCUCGCAAACUUUGCCCUACGACGGAUGCUGCUCGCUAUUCGCGCUCACAACCCCCAUCCGGGGGCUGCAUAUCAUAUCAUACCAGAUAUUGACCAAUAUAUUKAGGAGGUGACCAACAAUAUCAUAACAAGAGCUCCAGAGCCUGGCCAAAUCGGGAAUGGUGAUGGAUCAUUCAUUCUAGGCAUCUUGAGAGCGUUGAGAAUAGCAAGAGCACCAGGGCCUGGCAUUGGGGACGGUGAUGUUUAUGGCCACAUUCUUGAGUAUGCUCCUUUCGGAUCAGUCAUUCUGGACAUCUUGAGAGCGUUGAGAGGCACCAGAUGGAAAGUUUCUACCAUCUAUCAGCUUUUCUUUGACCUACGGGAUCGGUUUAUACCGGAUCGCGAUGCGACUGUCUACAAUUUCCGCAGGCCCGACCCAGUUAUCAGGGAAACCAUUGGGACCCUUGGAGCGGUUUGUGAGCAUCGGUAUCCGUCAAAAGCGUACGAAAAAUGGGAGUUGAUGAGACUAGGUGUAUUCUCACAGGAGUGA